CAUAUAGAGGGGCGGAGAGGGCGCGGCUUGUCCAGACGCUCUCCGUCCUGACGACGACGAUGUCGCCGAAGUUGAUAUUUCUACUGGGAUCUCUGUGUCUCCUUGUCGGGACGCAGGUCAGAGCACAAGACGAGGAAGGCGCGGACGGCGUCGACGCGAACGCCGAGGAACUUUGCCAGGACAGGCCGGGAGAUGAAUAUUUUCGCCUGAGCACCGAGGGAGAUUGUCGCGAUGUCGUGAGGUGCGACAAAGCGAGCGAGAUCGGCGUGACCAGAUUGGCGUCGGUGCGCUGUCCGACCGGCCUGGCGUUCGACAUCGAGCGGCAGACCUGCGACUGGAAGACGAACGUGAAGAACUGCGGCGAGCUCGAGAAGCCGCGCAAAGUCCUGCCCAUUCUCAAGACCGACGAGCCCGUCUGUCCGGAAGGGAAGUUGUCGUGCGGCAACGGCGAGUGCGUCGACAAGGAGCUCUUCUGUAACGGCAAGCCCGACUGCAAGGACGAGUCCGACGAGAACGCCUGCACCGUCGAAACCGAUCCCAACCGCGCUCCGGAUUGCGAUCCUACGCAAUGUAUCCUGCCAGACUGUUAUUGCUCGGCCGACGGCACGCGCAUCCCCGGCAACAUCGAUCCCCAGCAAGUGCCGCAGAUGAUCACGAUCACCUUCAACGGCGCCGUCAACGUGGACAACAUCGAUCUGUACGAAGAGAUCUUCAACGGCCAGCGCCAGAAUCCAAAUGGCUGUCAGAUCCGCGGAACCUUCUUCGUGUCGCACAAGUACACCAACUACUCGGCGGUCCAGGAUCUGCACCGACGCGGUCAUGAGAUCGCGGUGUUCUCCCUGACGCACAAAGAAGAUCCGAAAUACUGGAGCCAGGGAAGCUACGACGACUGGCUGGCGGAAAUGGCCGGUGCCAGAUUGAUUAUCGAACGUUUCGCCAACAUCACCGACGGUUCCAUCAUCGGUAUGCGCGCUCCUUAUCUCAGAGUCGGCGGUAACAAACAGUUCGAGAUGAUGGCCGACCAGUUCUUCGUGUACGACGCCUCCAUCACCGCGUCUCUCGGCCGAGUACCGAUCUGGCCGUACACUCUGUACUUCAGAAUGCCGCACAAGUGCAACGGCAACGGCGGCAACUGUCCGUCCAGGUCGCAUCCGGUCUGGGAGAUGGUGAUGAACGAGCUGGAUCGCAGAGACGAUCCCACCUUCGAUGAAUCUCUGCCUGGUUGUCACAUGGUCGACUCCUGCUCCAACAUUCAGACCGGCGAGCAGUUCGCCCGAUUGCUGAGGCACAACUUCAACAGGCACUUCAACAGCAACCGAGCGCCGCUCGGUCUGAACUUCCACGCGUCCUGGCUGAAGAGCAAGAAGGAAUUCAAGGACGAGUUGAUCAAGUUCAUCGAGGAGAUGAUCGCCAGGAGUGAUGUGUACUUCGUUACCAUGGUGCAGGUGAUCAAGUGGAUGCAGACACCCACCGAGUUGUCGGCACUCAGAGACUUCCAGGACUGGAAAGAGACCUGCGACGAGAAGGGUUUGCCCUACUGCUCGCUGCCGAACGCCUGUCCGCUGACGACCAGAGAAUUACCUGGUGAGACCCUGCGUCUCUUCACCUGCAUGGAGUGCCCGAACAAUUAUCCGUGGCUGUUGGAUCCAACCGGCGACGGUUUCCCCGCGAGAAAGUGAUUCAACGAGAUCAGCAACGUCAUUGUGUUGUUCGGCAGCGCGAUUCGACGAUCUUCAGAUCGUUCACAGUAAAAAUAAAAAAAAUAAAAAAAAAAAACAAUAAAUAAAACAAAAAAAAUCACGCGCCGUCGACAUCCCCGGCGAGCCGAAGAGCCAAGAGCGCGUCAGGCUCUCUGGAAGACACGGAAAAAGCAAU